UUGUAGGUUAAACCGUGUAAACACUGAAUGAAUUACCGUAUCUAUCAUAAGCGUGUAAAUGUGAGGAUUUUCCCGAAAAUUUGUUGUGACUUAGUAUGCUUUUCUAGUGAGUGAUGCUUAUUCCGUUUUUUUUGCAUCGGUUUGACCGGCGCCGCCGGAACGGUCACGUUGGGAACGGAGAAGUUGACCACCUUGUACAUGUAUCACCACUUGGCGUAGCUGAGGAACACAAACAGCGAACGCAAUCGUGUAGAACUUAAGCAGAACAAAGUCGUCCACCUUGACCAGUGGUUUUGUCAUCAGGCCCUGAAAGCUUUUGCUCUUGUCGAAAAUUGAUUCGACCUCCUUCGCCAUCCGGAUCAUCAUGAACUCCAUGAAAAAGGUGCUGAACAAACCAAGAAGAGCAGCGCCGAUUCCGUUUCUGAAGACGCAGUUAAGAUGGAACCGGCAAAACUAGCAGUUCCAGCGAACGGAACGGAAGGCAUCACCAAAAUACUGCGACCGAUGCGGAUGCUUUUCAGGAUAAAUUGGCCACUACGACGGAAGUCCUUGCAGCCGCACCAGAGGUCAAGGUUGCUGACUAGAAAGCUCCUACUGUAAGCUUGAUAAACUGCAGCUGUGGAUAACAAAAAAGGAUAUUUCGUAAGUUACAAUCUAAUAGAAAUUUACGUACCCACAGGUGUACUGCUGUAAUUCAACCGUAAGACCUUACCACAGUCUGCCAAACCGAGACGCAGCCAGAUAACUAAACCCGAUUGCAUCGGAAAAGACCGCUUCCGGGAUAAAUGUUCAGGUACGUGUCUCAACUGAAAGCAAUCUUCAAAUCAGGACGAAACUUGCAUCAUAUUCUUUUGGAGUGCAAAAAAAAUCCCUCCUUUUCACCACCCCAAGGACACCGCCACUACAUAAUCUUACCAAAGCCCGUAGUAGCAGUACAUAGCAUACGAACUGCAUCGGGGUAGGGGAUGUUCAAAGUGAAGACGGCCCAGCCUGCAAGUGAAGAGCAAAAUAUGCAACACUGAUUCACUGGGGAACACUUUUGAGAGGCGUAGCGAAAUAUGAAAAGAAAUUGUGCAUUCUAUAGGGAGAGAUGAAGAGAUUCUUGAAGUAUAGUGUACAGUCGGUGCAGAUUGUGGUGCAG